CUUGAACGACAAUGUUAUAAAGGUCAAUGGUUGCUAAUUUACUCAAUCUCUCUUAGGAUAAAAAAAAUGGAAACAGUGGGUAAAGUUGUAAUCGCCAUUGUUAUAGCUGUGAUAAUAAGCCGAGGAUGGAAAGUACUGAACUGGAUAUGGUUGAAGCCGAAGAAGCUAGAGAAGUGGCUGAGAGAUGAAGGGUAUAAAGGUAAUUCAUACAAGCUUCUAAUGGGUGACAUGAUUGAGCUUGGAAAGAUGAUGAAUUUAGCGAAAAAAGAUCCAAUUCCAAUCACCCAUGAUAUCCUUCCACACAUUCUGCCCUUCGAUCACAAGAUCAUCUCCACAUAUGGUGAAAAAUCAUUUCUAUGGUUGGGGCCAAACCCAAGGAUGUAUAUUAGGGAUCCAGAGUUGAUAAAGGAGAUUUUAUUAAGACCAAACGAAUUCCAAAAGCCACAUCCUGAGCCAUUUCGAGAUAGCAUCGUUGGUGGGCUUCUUAUCACCGAGGGUCAUAAAUGGAGCAAACAUCGGAAAAUAAUCAAUCCAGCUUUCAAUCUUCAAAAUCUCAAGACCGUGUUCUCGGUUAUCUGCUCGAGUUGUAGUGAUAUGGUGAAUCAAUGGGAGCAUCUAACAAUGGAAACAGGUUCGACUGAAGUUGACGUAUGGCCAUAUAUAGAUAAUUUAGCAGGUGAUGUGAUUUCGAGAACAGCAUUCGGGAGCUCUUAUGAAGAAGGAAGGAAGAUUUUCCGAAUCCAGAAGGAACAAAUCGAGCUUGUAUUCAAAAUGUUGUUUAUACUUUAUCUUCCCGGACGAAGGUUCAUACCCACGAAAGCGAACAGGAAGUAUAAAGAAAACAUUAAAGAGCUUCACGUUGUGCUUAGUGGUAUCAUUAACAAGAGGAAGAAAGCGAUUGAGAUUGGAGAAGGUAGCUGCGAUGACUUACUUGGAAUUCUGCUAGAAUCAAACGCGAAAGAAAUUGAAGAAUUUGGAGUCGGAUUGAGUAUGGAAGAAGUGAUGGAAGAAUGUAAACUAUUUUACAUCGCUAGAUCUGAAACAACUUCGAAUCUAAUCGUUUGGACGAUGGUUUGUUUAAGUUUGCAUCAAGAAUGGCAAAUCAAAGCUCGAGAAGAGAUCCUGCAAGUUUUCGGCACAGGAGAACUUGAUUUCGAAGGUCUAAAGAAUCUCAAAACCCUAACGAUGAUUCUCUACGAGGUUCUUAGGUUAUACCCACCAGUAAUCAUGACAAUUCGUUCGACUAUCAAGGAAACGAAGCUAGGGAACAUGAUGAUACCUCCCGGUGUGCUAUUGGCGUUAGCAAUGAUAUAUAUUCAUCAUGAUCGGAAAGUAUGGGGGGAUGAUGCGACGGAGUUCAGACCGGAGAGAUUUUCCGAUGGGGUCGCGAUUGCAACAAAGGGGAAAGGGUUUUUCCCGUUUUCAAGUGGUCCUCGUGUUUGUAUUGGGCAGAAUUUUGCUAUGACGGAAGCAAGAGCAGCCAUGGCGAUGAUUCUCCGGCGAUUCUGUUUUGAGCUUUCGCCGACUUAUAAACAUUCCCCGUUCCCGGUGUUCACAAUGCCACCGCAGUUUGGUGCUAAUAUGAUUCUUCGGAACCUCUCGUAGCUUGAAUUUUGUAGACUACAAAUUUGCAAAACAUUCAUAAAUAAGUUGCAUUAUUAAAUGAGAUUUUCUAAAGUUAAUCAUAAUAAUUAUUA